AACACACACACACACACAGGCACAGAGGCACAGCGGGUUGGGGGCGGCGAUGAGCUGUUUCUAGGAGGGCAACCACCACCGAUUCGUCCCGUCGCCGAAUAAAAAAAAAAGAGAAGACACCACACCACAUCGCACUGGUACUACAACACCAGGCGGAAGCCCCCAGCCCUUCCCCAAUUCAUUCCAUUCGUUCCCCAUUCCCCUCCUCCCCCGUUCGCAUCCGCCGCCGCCCCGCCCCGCCGCGCCGCGCCCUCCGCCGAGAGUCUGAGCGCGGGCCUCGGGAUCUGGGGCGCGGGGAUCUGGUGGGCGCGCCAUGGAGGCCAGCGCCGGCCUGGUCGCCGGCUCGCACAACCGCAACGAGCUCGUCGUCAUCCGCCGCGACGGGGAGCCAGGGGCGAGGCCGCUGAAGCAGCAGAACCGCGGCGCGUGCCAGAUUUGCGGGGACGACCUCGGGCUCGGCCCCGGCGGCGACCCCUUCGUCGCCUGCAACGAGUGCGCCUUCCCCGUCUGCCGCGACUGCUACGAGUACGAGCGCCGCGAGGGCACGCAGAACUGCCCGCAGUGCAAGACCCGCUACAAGCGACUCAAGGGGUGCGCGCGUGUUCCCGGGGAUGAGGAGGAGGACGGCGCCGACGACCUGGAGGACGAGUUCAACUGGAGGGACAGGGACGACUCGCAGUAUGCCGCCGAGUCCAUGCUCCACGCCCACAUGACCUACGGCCGCGGCGGCGACCUCGACGGCGUGCACCAGCCCUUCCAGCCCAACCCCAAUGUUCCCCUCCUCACCAAUGGCCAGAUGGUCGAUGACAUCCCGCCGGAGCAGCACGCCCUUGUUCCUUCCUUCGUCGGCGGCGGGGGAAAGAGGAUCCACCCGCUCCCUUAUGCUGACUCCAACCUUCCUGUGCAACCAAGAUCCAUGGACCCAUCCAAGGAUAUUGGUUCCUAUGGGUAUGGGAGCGUUGCCUGGAAGGAGAGGAUGGAGAGCUGGAAGCAGAAGCAGGAGAGGCUGCAUCAGGCCAGAAAUGAUGGCGGUAAAGAUUGGAACGGUGAUGGCGACGAUGCAGAUCUGCCACUAAUGGAUGAAGCUAGGCAGCCACUGUCCAGAAAGGUUCCCAUUCCUUCAAGCCUGAUUAAUCCCUACAGGAUGAUCAUUGUGAUCCGUUUGGUGAUUGUGUGUCUCUUCUUCCACUAUCGUGUUAUGCAUCCGGUGCAUGAUGCAUUUGUUUUGUGGCUCAUAUCUGUCAUAUGUGAGAUAUGGUUUGCCAUGUCUUGGAUUCUUGAUCAAUUCCCCAAGUGGUUCCCUAUUGAGAGGGAGACUUACCUUGACCGGUUGACAUUGAGGUUCGACAAGGAAGGCCAGCCAUCUCAACUCGCCCCAGUUGAUUUCUUUGUCAGUACGGUCGAUCCCGCAAAGGAGCCUCCGCUGGUCACAGCAAACACUAUCCUAUCUAUCCUGGCGGUAGAUUAUCCGGUUGACAAGCUCUCUUGCUACGUUUCUGAUGAUGGUGCUGCCAUGCUGACAUUCGAAGGAUUGUCUGAAACAUCUGAAUUUGCAAAGAAAUGGGUUCCUUUCUGUAAGAAGUAUAGCAUUGAGCCUCGUGCUCCAGAGUGGUACUUCCAACAGAAGAUAGACUACCUGAAAGACAAGGUGGUACCAAACUUUGUUAGGGACAGGAGAGCAAUGAAGAGAGAGUAUGAGGAAUUCAAGAUCAGAAUCAAUGCCUUGGUUGCUAAAGCCCAGAAAGUUCCUGAGGAAGGAUGGACCAUGCAGGAUGGAACUCCCUGGCCUGGAAACAAUGUCCGUGAUCACCCUGGAAUGAUUCAGGUCUUCCUUGGUCAAAGUGGUGGCCUUGAUGUGGAAGGAAAUGAGCUGCCUCGAUUGGUUUAUGUUUCAAGAGAAAAACGGCCAGGCUAUAACCAUCACAAGAAGGCUGGUGCCAUGAAUGCAUUGGUCCGUGUCUCUGCUGUGCUAACGAAUGCUCCAUAUAUGCUGAACUUGGAUUGUGAUCACUAUGUGAACAACAGCAAGGCAGUCAAGGAAGCAAUGUGUUUCAUGAUGGAUCCUUUGGUAGGAAAGAAAGUUUGCUAUGUGCAGUUCCCACAAAGAUUCGACUCCAUUGAUCGUCACGAUCGAUAUGCUAACAAGAAUGUCGUCUUCUUUGAUAUCAACAUGAAAGGUUUGGAUGGUAUUCAAGGCCCCAUCUAUGUUGGUACUGGAUGUGUCUUUAGAAGGCAGGCGCUGUACGGUUAUGAUGCUCCCAAAACAAAGAAGCCACCGUCAAGGACUUGCAACUGCUGGCCAAAGUGGUGUGUGUGCUGUUUCUGCUUUGGUAACAGGAAGAACAAGAAGAAGGUUACCAAGCCUAAGACAGAGAAGAAGAAGAGAUUGUUUUUCAAGAAGGAAGAAAAUCAAUCACCUGCGUAUGCACUCAGUGAAAUUGACGAAGCAGCUGCAGGAGCUGAAACUCAGAAGGCUGGUAUUGUAAACCAGCAGAAGUUAGAGAAGAAAUUUGGCCAGUCUGCCAUUUUUGUUGCAUCCACGCUUCUUGAGAAUGGUGGUACCCUGAGGUGUGAUAGUCCAGCUUCUCUUCUGAAGGAAGCCAUACAUGUCAUUGGCUGUGGCUAUGAAGACAAGACAGACUGGGGAAAAGAGAUUGGCUGGAUCUAUGGAUCAGUUACAGAGGAUAUCCUGACUGGGUUUAAGAUGCAUUGCCACGGCUGGCGAUCGAUUUACUGCAUACCUAAAAGGCCUGCAUUCAAAGGUUCUGCGCCUCUCAAUCUUUCGGAUCGUCUUAACCAGGUUCUUCGGUGGGCGCUUGGGUCUAUUGAGAUCUUCUUCAGCAAUCAUUGCCCUCUUUGGUAUGGGUAUGGUGGUGGACUGAAAUUUUUGGAAAGAUUUUCCUACAUCAACUCCAUCGUUUAUCCUUGGACAUCUAUUCCACUUCUGGCUUACUGUACGUUGCCGGCCAUUUGCUUGUUAACGGGGAAGUUCAUCACUCCAGAGCUUAGCAAUCUUGCCAGUAUCUGGUACAUGUCGCUUUUCAUCUGCAUUUUUGCUACGGGUAUUCUGGAAAUGAGAUGGGCUCGUGUAGCGGUUGACGAUUGGUGGAGGAAUGAGCAGUUCUGGGUCAUUGGAGGUGUCUCUGCCCAUCUCUUUGCCGUGUUCCAAGGACUUCUCAAGGUGAUAGCUGGUGUGGACACAAGUUUCACCGUCACAACAAAGGCUGGAGACGAUGAGGAGUUUUCGGAGCUGUACACGUUCAAAUGGACAACCCUGUUGAUACCCCCGACCACCCUUCUCCUGCUGAACUUCAUCGGGGUGGUUGCCGGCAUCUCCAACGCUAUCAACAACGGAUAUGAGUCAUGGGGGCCGCUCUUCGGGAAGCUCUUCUUCGCCUUCUGGGUGAUUGUCCAUCUUUACCCGUUCCUCAAGGGUCUUCUCGGAAGGCAGAACAGGACCCCGACGAUCGUCAUCGUCUGGUCCAUCCUGUUGGCUUCUAUCAUCUCGCUCCUGUGGGUGCGUGUGAACCCUUUCCUCGCCAAGACCGACGGCCCUCUUCUGGAGGAGUGCGGUCUGGACUGCACCUAGGAGAUCAAAAGGAUCGACGAUCAAAAUCAGUCAUCAUGUGGAGUAAUUUUGAAGGUGUUUUUGUGCCCAUAAUUUUUUUCUCUUCCAUUCCUCCAUCCCCUGUGUAGAUAGAAAACAAACAUGCAACAAGUGUUAAGUUAUUGGUUUUGUUCCAUGGUGGGUAGCUGGGCCUCAUAUAUGCAAAAUAUUUGGGCAGACGGGAGGCUGCGGCAACCCUUCUUCACCUCACCUCUGUGCAGUUCGGCCACGAAGAAGAAAGAAUACAGCCAGCAAGUCAGUCAGUCAGUUCCAGUGUUGUUUCAUUGUCCAGCCAUCCAGCAAUUCUUUAUUUGUUGACCUUGAUUUAAAUGGAGAGGAUAAAUGUAUGUAAGUGAGCCGAAACUGAGAGCUGUCGUCUGUAUGCUAUGCCCGAAGGAUGUAUUAUGUAUGUACAAACUGAAAACAACUUGUAUUUUCUCUCUGUAAGGCAAGAAUGCCGUUUGUAAUAGAGGAAGCUGCACAUUAUUUA